AUGCUAGGAGUAUCCCGCUUUACGCAACCAAAAGAAGGGAUUCGAGGUUCAGUCCUACGUCAACGAUCGAAGGUCAGAGACGCUGUCGCAUAUGUCAAGGAAGGCAAACUCUGGCGGGCCGAACACGUGAUGCGUUUCAAUGACAACCGGUGGACGAGAGCCGCAAGCGACUGGAUACCACGCGACAUCGAACGCACCGCGGGAAGACCGCCGACCCGAUGGUCAGACAUCUUUACGAAGUCCUUCAUAGAAAGAUAUGAUGCUGCUCGAGUCCCCCGUGAGAUGAGAAACUACUGGACACCAUCUGUGCGGGAUCAGGACAAAUGGAAUUGUUACUGGUGUCUAUUUGAGCAAAUCAAAGAACAACGGGAGCCCUGA